AUGAUUUUAUCAGUAGCGGACUUUAUUGGUGUAUCGAAAGCUUCAGCCAGCCGAAUUGUGCAUCAUGUAUCUCGGGCUAUAGCUGGCUUAUACCCUCAAUAUGUGAAGACAUUAAGCAAUACCCAGAAUGCCUUUCAUGAAAUCGCAGAAUUUCCAAGAAUUCUUGGCGCAAUUGACUGCACGCAUGUUCCCAUACAGUCACCUGAUUCAAAUAUAGGAGAAGAAUACAGAAAUAGAAAAGGCAUAUUUUCAAUGAAUGUCCAAGGAGUCUGUAACGCAGACUUGUUAUUUAUGAAUGUUGUUGCCCGUUGGCCUGGGUCUGCUCAUGAUGCUACUAUAUUUAACAACUCUAGGCUAAAAAUGCAAUGUGAAGAGGGAUUGUUUGGCAAUAGAUGGCUUAUUGGAGACAGUGCAUAUCCCUGUACUUCAUAUCUUUUGACACCACUGCUCAACCCCACAUCUGUUGCAGAGAAUCAUUACAAUGAAGCACAUAUAAAGACUAGAAAUACUAUUGAAAGAUGUUUUGGUGUGUGGAAAAGGCGCUUUCCAAUACUCUCUUUAAAAAUCCGUGUAGCUAUGCAGACAACACAGGCCAUUAUUAUUGCCACUUCUGUAUUACACAACAUCUGCAGAUUAAAUAAUAUUAGAGAUGUAGAUCCAGAAGUUGCAAUGCCGCAAGAAUCAGGUGACAUUACCUAUGCUGAAGGGAUAGGUCAACAAAAUCACAGUGUCAGACAACAGCUAAUUAAUAAUUAUUUUAGUGUUUAA